GAAAUGUUAUUACUUUAAAAAAAAUGCGCCGAGCAGUAUCAAUCAAGACAUAUUUUGACUCCAACACUCCUGUUAUUGUUUUGAAAAGCUUGUUUUUAAAGUACGAUUCUGAUAGAAACAAUUAUUUAAAUAGAGACGAGCUUAAAGCCUUAUUUAUAGAAGAUUUAGGAUUUUCUACAGAGCAAUGUGAAGUUUAUGUCUUUCUUCUUGAUAAAGAUGGAAAUAACAAAAUUUCUUUUGAAGAGUUUGUUUCGUGGUUAAGAAGCAGCGAACAUUUCAAAAAUAUAAGUAACAAACCGCGAUAUCAAAGACUGAAGAAAGCAGUUGAAAUGUUUAAAAAAUUUGAUGUUGAUAAUAAUCAAUCACUUGAUCGAGAUGAAUUUAAACGAUUAUUUACAUCUCUUAAUGGAGAUCCGCCCAAGUUAGAUGCAGCAUUAGCAGAACUUGAUCGGGAUGGAAAUAAUAGAAUCUCUUUUGAAGAAUUUUUAAGAUGGUUAAAUUGGGUUCCACUUGAUCAUUUUUAAA